AAACAGAGGAGGCUGGAGAGGUAGUCCUGCCGUUAGGAACACUUAAUUUGUAAGAGGACCCAUGUUCAAUUCCUAGCAUCCACAUAGGGUAUCUUGCUGCUGCCUGUAACUCCAGCUCCAGGGGAUCAUAAGGCCUCUAUGGGCACCUGCAAUUCUCACACACACACACACCACGCGCUUCAUAGUCACUCACUAAAUGCACAUGAGAUCACAGUAUUUAGUGAAACAUACGAACUUGCCAACCAUGUAGAGAAGUGUAACUUUGCAAAUUAUGGAUAAGAGGAAAACCUAUUUAGGUAGGUAUUUGUAGGUAUAACUCUCAAACUAGUGGUGGUUCACCGGGAAGCAAGUUUAGUCCCACAGGAGCCACCGUCCGGCCCACAUCUCGUUGCACUAACUUCUGGGAGUUGUAGUCCUUCAUUUCUGGUGUAGACAUGGCGGCCUCCAUGGCAGAAAGUUGUAGGGCGUCCCUGUACCUGGCCCGGAGCGUCCGAAUGGCCAGGCCACGUCUUGCUGCUCUCGCGUUGGAUGCCUGCCGUGUCCGUCCGGGCCCAAGCCGAUUUCAGAGCACCGGGCCUUCCGAUCCCGGUGUGUUCAAGCCACCGCCGAAACCUGUCAUCGUGGACCAGCGCCGAGCCCCAGACGACGAGAGAAGGUUCCUGAGUCCUGAAUUCAUCCCUCCAAGGGGGAGAACAAACCCUCUGAAAUUUAAGAUAGAAAGAAAAGAUAUGCUAGACAGGAGAAAGGUGCUUCACAUUCCAGAGUUCUAUGUUGGAAGUAUACUUCGUGUCACCACAACCGACCCCUAUGCCAGUGGAAAAACCAGCCAGUUCCUGGGGAUUUGCAUCAAGCGAUCAGGAAAUGGGCUCGGGGCUACUUUCAUCCUCAGGAACACCAUUGAAGGGCAAGGUGUGGAGAUUUGUUUUGAACUGUAUAAUCCUCGAAUCCACGAGAUCCAAGUGGUGAAAUUAGAGAAGCGGCUGGAUGACAACCUGCUGUACUUACGGGAUGCCCUCCCUGAGUACAGUACCUUUGAUGUGAAUAUGAAGCCAGUCCAACAUGAGUCCUGCCAGGAAGUGCCUGUUAACAAGCUGAAAGUUCAAAUGAAGCCAAAGCCGUGGUCCAAACGCUGGGAACGUCCGAACUUCAACAUUAAGGGAAUCAGAUUUGAUCUUGCUUUAACUGAAGAGCAAAUGAAAGAAGCCCAGAAGUGGAGCAAGCCAUGGCUUGAGUUUGAUAUGAUGAGAGAAUAUGACACUUCAAAAAUUGAAGCUGCACUGUGGGAAGAAAUAGAAGCAUCAAAGAAAUCCUGAUCCUGGGACUGGUGAACGGCUCAGCAGUGGCUGCAGAGGCUGGAAGAGGCCAUGGGAGACCCUGGAGUUGGAGUUACAGUUAGUCGUGAGCUGUCCAACCUAAGCAGAGAAUCAAACUCCAGUCCUCUGGGAGAUCACUGGACACUAAGCCACCAAGCAAUCUCUUCAGCUCCAUGUUAUUUGUUUGUUUGAAUUAAGCAACUAAACAGUCUAAAUGAAAAAUGAAUCAAGGCACUCCAAGAACUACAAAUGCAUCCACACUCAGCCAACAAUGGGUUUCUGCAACUGAGCUUUGUAGAUAUGAUUGCCUUUGCAUAGUUUGCUUAUAAUCUCAUUGCUGGUAAGCGAUUACUACUCAUGUGCUAGUCAGUCAUGGGAUAUCAACAUGCCGAUACUGGCUGGUUUUGUGUGUCAACUUAACACAAACUAGAGUCAACAGAGGGGAAUGAACCUUAGUUGAAGAAAUGCCUCCACAAGAUCCAGCUGUAAGGCAUUUUAUCAAUUAGUGAUCAAUGGAGGAGGACCCAGCUCAUUGUGGGUGUUGCCAUCCCUGGGCUGGUGGUCUUGGCUUAUUUAUAAGUAAGUAGGCUGAGCAGGCCAGUACACAGUACUCCUCCAUGGCCUCUGCAUCAGCUCUUGCCUCCAGGUUCCUGGCCUGUUUGAAUUCCUGUUCUGACUUUUUUUGAUGAUGAACAGAAAUAUGAAAGCUUAAGCUAAAUAAACCCUUUUCUGCCUAAGUUACGUUUUAGUCAUGAUAUUUUGUUGAAGCAAUAGAAACCCUAACUAAGACAGUGCCUACUGAGCUUAAAAAACAAAGAAACUUUCUUACAUAAGGAUAUGAAAUGACUUCAACUAUGUACCAAGUGAAAAUGACUCAGAUAAAUCAGGAAGCUCAAAGUUCUGUCCCAUGCCCCCCAAUUUCCAUUCUGGGAGUAUCAUUGGGUGGCUAUAGUUCAAGGACAGCCUGAGCUACAUCAGGCUGUGUCUUACCCUACCCUACUCCCCACAAAAGAAAAGCUAUUUCAAACAGUAUAAACAUGGAGAGCUCUUACCUCUUUGGGUAUAGAGGAAUAAAAACAUCAUCUUCUAUUGACUUCUUCAUUCUUGCAACAAUAGACUUAAGUAAAUCCUAUUAAAAAUUUGAAAAGCAUCAGCAAGCCAUAAUUGGAAAUAUAAUAACUAAAUCAAGUAAUCUUAAUAGUGCAAAUUAGUCUGCAGUUAGAGCCAGAUGUUACAAUACUGUAAGAAACUUAGGAGAUGCAUGUGGUUGUCACUAAAUCACUCACUGCUAUACUGCAGUUUGUUGCAUGACUACUACUCAUUAGACAUUUGAUGGUUUCCAAUUAGGGGGUACACUGUGCUUAAUGAUGCUAUAAAAUACCUUGCAGAAGUCUCAGUGUGUGUAAGAACAGCUAAUGUGCAUACACAAUGAAAUGGAAUUGCUGGAAUGCAGCUCAUGACCUUGUAUUCAACUUGUACAGAAUGAUAAACUAAGAUGGUAGUAUCUGAUACCAGAAACCCAAUGGCUGGGAGAUCAUAGAUCUAGGGGUAAUCUCCCCACUAUAGUUUAGCUAACUGACAUGGCAUCAAACUACAGCCUAGAUGUUUACCCAUAGACACAUGCUAGCCCUAAACAGGACAUUUCUACCACCCUCUUUAAGAAACACCGUGGAAGAGAGAAUGGAGAAGAAAUAUGAAAUACUAUCUUCAGGCCAUGGCACAGCUAUUGGAAACAAGAGAACUGAGCAGCAGAGGCUGCCUACACACAAGGCUCAGCCUGUCAAUAGCCAGUCAUGGAUUGGAGAGGCCACAGGGCCCUAGUCCUGCUUGAUGAACUACUGGCAACUGAUGGAUUCCAGGGAAAGGACAAUUACUGGAGUCCAUGAGGCUACAAUAGAUAGUUCUAAAUCCAUGGGCAUGCAUAGUCCUGGUUAGAAUCAGAUGGUCACAAAACAAAGCAAAACAAAAUAAAACAAAAAACAUAGAAAGGACCUAUAGAGGUAAGGGGGAGGGGGGGUGAGAGUAAGCAAUGUACUGCAUACACAUGAAAUGGUCAAAGGAUGAACUUAAUCAAUAAAGAGUAAAACAAAAACAAAGCAAAGCAACAAUAAAACCCAA